UAGAUUAUCUCUAUUAAUUGGAUAAUUUUUUCACACUCUGAACUAUUAUCUUUCAUUUUAUCAAUUGAGUCUUCAGCUAUAAUUUAAUGCGUAAUACAUUAAAUUUAACGAUUUAUUUCAUUUUAAUAACCAAUAUAAAAGCGCCAACAAGUUUUCCGGCCAUACCAUUUCGUUUUAAAUCCAAAGUAACUCAUCUUUAAGUCAAAAUAGUUUAUACAAAAUAUUUGGCCAUUCUUUGUUUACGUUUUUGUUUUUAAAUAACAGCGAAAAUGUAUCAAAUGAAAAAUACUACUGAUUCCACUUCUGACAAGGUAAUUAUUGUUAAUUUAAGAAGUGACACAUUUACAAAGCCUAGUCAAACAAUGAGACAAGCAAUGUUUGAAGCUGAAGUUGGAGAUGACGUUUGUAGAGAAGACCCAACAGUUAUCAAAUUAGAACAAAUGGCUGCUAACUUACUUGGAACAGAAGCUGCUUUAUUUGUAUCGAGUGGUUCAAUGGGAAAUUUAAUUGCUGCUAUGGUUCAUUGUAAUGUGAGAGGUUGUGAAGUUUAUCUAGGUGAAGAAUCUCAUAUUGUUCAACAUGAGCAAGGAUCACUUGCACAAAUAGCAGGUGUUACAAUUUAUCCAUUGCCAAAUAAUCAUGAUGGUACAUUUGAUUUAGAUUUUCUCCAAUAUAAAAUUCGUAAUCCUAAUGAUGUUCAUCAUCCUAUUUCUCGUAUGAUUGCGGUAGAAAAUACCAUAAAUGGCAAAAUUUUGCCUGUUACGUGGCUUAAUAAAGUUGUAGAAUUUGCAAAAAAAAAUAAUCUUAAAUUACACAUGGACGGCGCUAGGCUUUGGAAUGCUGUAAUUGCAAGCAACAUUUCAGUAAAAGAAGUUGUAAGGGGCUUUGAUUCUGUUUCUUUCUGCUUAAGUAAAGGUUUAGGAGCGCCAGUAGGAUCAUUAUUAUGUGGAAGUAAUGAAUUUAUCACUCAAGCACGACGUUGUCGAAAAGCUUUAGGUGGUGGAAUGCGUCAAGUUGGAAUUAUUGCAGCUGCCGGAUUAGUUGCUUUAGAAAAUAGAUUCAGAUUAGCUUCAGAUCAUGAAAAAGCAACUAAGAUGAUGACAGCAAUUAAUAAUGUUGGUUCUAAGGUAAUUUAUGUUGAUCCUAAAACCGUUCAAACUAACAUGGUCUUUGUGAUUGUAAAAGGAUUACCAAGUGUCACCGCGGAAACUGUCGUUGAACGUCUUCAAGUAGUAGAAGAUGAUCAUAAAGAUGAUAAAGUUAUUGUUCAAGCUUGGGCUGAAUGGCGAGAAAAUUUGAGACUAGUUUUUCAUGUUGACAUAACAGAUGAAAUGCUUGAAGCUGCAAUAAGAAAAGUUAUAUAUGUAAUUAAAAAAUUGGAUCCAGCUUUACAUCAGUAACAAAUAUUAAUGUAUAAAAAUGUAUUCAAAGGGAAAAAAAUAAAAUUAAUAACCUUUUUUACUA